AUGAAAGUAGUUGAUCAAAUGGAAUCUUCUGAAAAUCAGAUUGUAAGUUUAAAAAGGAUGUAAAACAUGGUUGCUAAAUAAAUUCCUGGAUUGAAGACUUAUGUAAAUCUUAGGUGUAUGAUUGUGGCAUUCAAGGAACAUAAUUAAUGCCCAUUUCUUUUAAUUUAAUGUCCAGGGCCUGGUUCCUGGGAAGAUGGUCAAUUUUAACCCAGGAUUAAGCAAAAUUUUAAGCACGGUUUUCUUGCUAAAAACAUGUAACUUAAGCUUACGAAAUACUGUUGAGCCUCUACUCUGAGACACAAUGAUUUACACAAAAUGUUUCUCUAAGCAAUGUAUAGCACAUUAAAUAACAAAAGUGGAGUAAGAUCUUAAUCCUGGUUAGCACUAAUUGGCCUUUCAGGAACCGGGCCCACUGCCUUGGGAUUCUGCUUCAUUAAUUAUUAAAAAGCUUAGUUCUGGUUAAAAUAUGUACAAUCCCUGGUUACUUUUAUGACUGCCCUGAAUCUUUCUUCAAGGAAAAUCAAUAAGGGAAAUUUAAACCAAAUUGAAAAAAGGUUUAAAUAAUAAUCGCAACAAAGCAGCUAAAAAAUUAAGUAAAAAUUAAUUUUUUUAAAAUGACCAUACUUUACCCUAUAAACUUAUUCAAUAACAAGUUACCUACAUGCAGUUAAAGCUUCCUAGUGUUAAAACUUACCUGCAAUAUAUAUUUUACGUUACAGCAUGGAGAUGUUAAAACAUUGCUUCAAAAAUAUGAAAGAUUUAGAGUAAGUAUAUUUGUUGAUGUUUCCAGCAAAUAUGCCUCUUUUUUUGCCUGCUUGAACGCUCAGCAGUAUUGGAUUUCAGACCAGAAUAUCUGGAUUAAAGACAUGAUGUCACAUUACCAACGGUAGCAAAAUCUCUAGAUCACAACAAUAGGGAGCUUAAGCAACAAUGACAGCUACUGCAACAGUGACAAGAAAACCAAAAAUUAGAAAAACAAUGUGCAUAGGGCAGCCAUAGUUGCACGACUGCGACAUUAACUCUUCCUAAUUUCAUGCGCCCGCUUUAUGGAGUAGGUGAACACAGCACAAAUUUUUUUUUGUGUUUCUAAACUUAGAUUAAGUCCUUUCUUUCUCUACAAUUUGGAAAUCCACAUUGCUGUUACUUCUGAAACAAUAUCGGAUUAUUUUUAAGAUAACUUAUGAAAAUGGAAGGUCAAUUAGCAUCAUCGGCACUUUGACUUUUUCAAUAUACAUAAAAAUAAUUGUUACUGAUACUAAUUAUAGGAAGCUACCAAAUGAACUCAAUCAACCAAUAAAAUGUCAUUCGAAAGUCAAUAAUUAGCUGUUUAGCUAUCUGAUCUGAGAAACAUUUUUCCAGAGCUAUAUCCUCAAUAGUUUUCAACAAAUCACUUUCAAACUUGGCAGCAUUACUAAUUUUAAGGCAUUCUUUCCAGCCAUGUUGAUGGAUUUUAUCUAACUGAUCCAAGUCAAAAGUUGAAAAAACCGUGGAAGUGUCUAUCCUUCAUUGAAUAUUGUAUAUCUUGUUUCUAGGGUGCCAUGUCAACAUUAAAUGAAAAGUUUGGGGAGGAUCUUGUUGUCACAAAGAAGAGACUUGAAGAAACAAGGAUGCUGGUCAAUAAGGAAAUUGCAGGUGCAUUAAAAUUAAUUUGAAAUAGUUUCAUCCUGUAGAAAUCACUGAGAAGUCCGGAUUUUGUCACUACAUUUAUACUACCAGAGCCUACUCACAAACUUCCCACCCCCACAUGUACCACAUAUAUUUAAUAUUAGCAGCUAUAUUCUUUAAGCUGUGCUCUGUCCCAGAGGGUGGGUGGAGUUCCUUCGGAAUCAAAUGACAGAACUGAUCAAAAAGCUGAAGGAUUUAAGGGGGGCCACUCCAGGAUUCUUUUGGGCAGGAAAAUUUGGCAAGUAUUUCUUUGUGUCUUGAUUUACGUAAGGAUUUUGUGGACCAUUCAAAACAAUAUGAACAAGAUAAUUCAUGGAAAUGCCCGCAUAUCCUGACAGCAUAGUUAUUUCCUUUAUUGUGGCUUAUAUAAGAAGUUAAGUUUGAAGGUUUUUUUCUAAGUUCAUGCGUGUGCAUCAUGUCAAUUCUUUAAGGUUUCAAUAUUAUUUUUCCUUUCAGAAUUGCAGCUCCAACUGAAUGUUAUGGAUAAAAAACUAACACAGAAAAAUGAAGAAAUGAAUAUCUUAUUAAACUACAAGGUAAGUCAAAAGGGGGGGAUAUGGUUCUGAGUUUUCAUUCUCAUGACAAUCCAUAAGUCGAGAGGUUUGAAUUAUUUCUUUGUAUGAAGUAUCUAAAUAAGAUAAUUUAUGACUUUUAAGCUCUUAAACAUAGUAUCAUUAGCAUACUAUCUUAAACAUUACUAUUGUUAGCAUUCAAAUGAAGAAAAAAAUUAACGAUCUAUUGUUUUAACUAAAAAAAUAGCUUGUUUCACAGUAUUAAUUUCUAAAUGAUAUUAUGCAACAAUCAGCGGCUUCCCCCUGGGGGCCACCCCAGGGACAAGAUUCUGGUACCUUUUAGGGGUGUUGUUGAAAUUUUCCGACGAACACCCCGUCACUUUUGUGGGGGAGUAUUCCCCCCUCCAGGCUUGGGGCCUCCAAACUAUAAAUCCAUCGCUCUAAAUGCUCGGCCAUCUGCUCCCAUUUCAUUGACAGGACAAGGAAUAUCCAGCCAAAGCACUUCAGAUUGCAAAGUUGAAGAGACAACAGGAAAUUUUAGCAUCAGCUUUUAAGGUUAGUGCUGUACAUAUGUACCUGCCAGCUAGACUGUUCACAGUUCCCUUUUUUUCUGAAGAUUCAUGGAAGAUAGUCAGGAUUGGUAUUGACUCUAACUUGAGGAUGAGUAUAAAAUGUACUUAAGGGGCAGGGGGCAGUUUGGAGGGAUGCUGUUUUUCUCACCUCCUUCUCCCCCCACCGCUAUAAACCUUAUAGCCUAUCUCCUCGGUACAUUUGAAAUCAAGAUGGCUGCCCAUAACAGUAACCACUUGAUCUGUGCAAUCUUAAGGAAUAAUAGGGGACUGUGAACAGUCUGCCUGCCACCUAUUUUUUUAAUCAAAGGGAUGAUGGCUUGUAAUUCUUCUGGUUUCUGUAACAGUUUUUUUAAAUGUGACAGGGUCGUUAGACCUAUGUCCAGUCCUCAACCUGGAGGAAGGACCAGAGGGUCACAGUUUGUGUGGUCUCUACACUUCACCCUGUUCAGCAUAGGUGGCCCUACUGGGAGUCCAAGACUCCAGCCAAUGUAGCUCUAGGGGUUAUUAAGGCAUGCAAACUGCCCCAAGGCCUUAUACACCUAUUGGUGCAACAAGAAGUGAUGUGAUGAUGAUGGCUUGUAAGAUCACCAAGACACUCUUCAGAUGACAAUCAUUCUUAAGGUGAUGUUACAUAGGAUGAUUCUCAACUAGCCUGCUAGCAAGCUCCCCAUUUAUGGCAAGCGAAGCAAAUCGCGAGUCAGAGAAUGCGUCCAUCACACUCACAUCUCCUUUCGGGUGCUGCUCUCGCAUGACUUCUCGCGACUCCCCCAAAUGGAGAACUUGCUUGGAGGCUAAUUCGCAACAACGAUUUUUAGCACAACACAGCAUUGCAACAUUGUUGUGAUAUUGGUUUGAGUAAUUACAACGUUGUUCCAACAUUGCAACACUGUGUUGUGCUAAAAAUCGUCUCUGCAAAUUGUACAAUGUAACAUCACCUUUACCUAGACAACCAGUGAUGGUAUCAUUCAACGAUAAUAAUUUACCAGACUUGUAAUAUGUUGCAUGAUGCUAAUAUCACAUUCAUUUGUGUCUGACACAUAAACUCCUCUGAUCCCUGUUGUUAGGGGCGACUCGGAAAAGGCCUUUUUCAAAAUGUUUAUUAUUAUUAAUUUCAAAAUAGCUCUGGGAUCAUGAGUUUAGUUUGCUUCUUUCUCAGGAAGAACUGGAAGAGUUACAGGCUGUAGUUGACGCUGAGAGGGAAAAAUUUAGUCAUCAGAGAAAAACUGUUCAAAGAGAGAUUACAACACGAGUGACUGAGGUACAAUUUGUCUAAUUUUUAGCCCACUUCAAGACAUUUCUCUCACCAGUUUGUACACACUGUGACAGCAAUGAGCUAGUUUUCCAACCGCCCCCCCCCCCCAAAAUUUUCCACAUUUUCUUCCCUCUGAUAAUUCGCCAUUUUGUCCUUCUCAAAGUGAUGUACUCUUCUUUUUCAAAAUGAAGACGGACUUGAAAGAAAUUUAAGCUUGAAUUGGAAUUGAUCCUAAGUUGUUGCAAAGAUGCUUAGCUUUUUAGUUAACAACUUGUCGUACUAAUAAAAUGUGAUAGGUGAGAAUUCUCGCAAUUUUACUAAUUUUACUGAUUUUACCGGUCUGAGCAGUAUAUUCGAACCUAUCCCUACAGAUACCUCUGAUGUGAACAUGAACCUCCUCUCAUCUUGGUCCCAAAGAUACCAAACUUCAUACAAUCCCUAACUUUUUUAUCAUUCCACGGCGUGAAGUUACUAAUUUUUCGUAGGUAUAAUGAACAGUAAACAGGAAACGAAAGUGUUAAAGGGAAAAUUUAGCCAGGUGCUACGGAUUGAUGCUGGCCGUUUGCCUUAAACGUAAUACUAAAUCUCCCCAUUGACUAUAUGAUAUGUAAUCCUCAUAAUUUCUUUGCAUAUUCCAUUCUCGAUUUUUCUAGGAUACAAUAAAUGCCAUGGGGGAUGAUAUUAAAGAGAUGGCUCUACAAAAUAUGAUCAUGAAAAAGGUAGGUACUCCCGAGAAUACACUUCCUGCAGUCCGCCUUUUCUCUUAAAAAAUCUGUGUAGUUCUUAUCUCAGCCAGUGCGAUUGCAAACCACAACGUCAUGUUACAAUAAGGGAUUGGGACCUCGUUUAUCGCGGCUCGCGUGCUUGGGUUCGCGUGCAGUAACUUUGCAGAGAAAAAUAAGAGACUGCUCGCAGCCUAUCGCGAGAGUGGAGUUAUGCGUCAUGAUCUCCUCUGUUCUCCUUGCCGGAUUUUGUGAAAUGGAAAAUAUUUAAUGCGCCGAUCAAUAUGAAACGUCAACAUUUCCCGGGCAAGUUCCCCCCCUUCCACUCCCCUCGGGCAUUUGAACUUUUUAAGACAGGCCUGUGCAAAUUACCAUGGUUCCCGACCCCCCUGGCACAAGUGAUGGUCAAAUGCCCGGAGUUUACCCAGAGGGAUAAGUUUCGAGUCGAUCGGCGCAUAAUCGUUAUUUGAAUUGUAAGGGACAUUUUAAGUACUUUUUCUUCUGUCAAAAAUGACGACAAGAUUUAUUAUUAUUAUUAUUUUUUUUACAGGAAGUAGAAAUUCAUCGAAAUGAAGUAAAGUUGCUGGAAGCUAACAAUGCUAAAUUGGAAGCUGAAAUCAGGUGAAUGCUAUGUCAGUUUGUUUUUGAGAUCCUUUUAUCGGCUGUUUGAUCGCCGCAUCCACCGUUCAGUAUAUUCAGAGAGUUUUUUUGAAAGAUACGUUAUGUCAGAAAAUAAAACUACCUAUUGUCUAAAGUAGUCCAUCAUUCGCACAGCGAUAAUAAUUAGCCAUGCCUUGAACUCGGGUGCCGUCUAUACGUAUCCGUUUUUGUUUGAAAACGGAGAUCUUUUGCUCCGUUUUCAAAAAAUUCGCGUCCUCACGUUACGAUUUUGAAUCGUUUUAGCCCGUCCGCACGAAAACGCAAUGGUGGCUGAAAACGGAACCAUCUUUGAUUUGAGCAUGCUUAUUUACCUGUAUCUGAGCCCGUGGCGUAAUCGUAUGAAAAAACCUCUGUUUUCAUUCAUCCACUCGUGUACAGCAAAACGGCGUUUUCAAAAAUCUCCACUCUGGAUAGCGUUUUUGGUGACCGUUUUCACAAGAUACGUCAGGACAGUAGGCCAAACCGGGGAAAAACAUCUCCGUUUUCAAACAGAAAAGGAUACGUGUGGAAGGUGCCUUUGUUAAGUAGGGAAAUUUAUUUCCCGAUCACUUUAUAUGCGUUAUUGCCACGCCUCUGUUUUGUUUUGAAGUUGAGUGUUAAAAGUUGAUUGCUGAAAAUUCUGAGUUACUUUAUUAUAUAUUUCAACAGGGCGCGAGAAACAUGUUUCUUUUAUCUCUUAAGGUGGAUUUCCACUGUCACGUAAUUUUUCCGUGCGUAAAUAGAAUAUAGGCAAUGUAUGAAAGGUCGCGUGAGAAUGUAAAAGUUGAACCGUGCUGAACUUUUACGUUUACGCGCGGCCUUUCAUAGAUAAAAAACUGUGCUCAAAUUGUGGGUGGCUCCUCCUAAAAUGUUCUUCAAUAUUGGUAUUGGAUUUAAUGGAACCAAAACCAGUUGUAGAAUUGUACACAUUUUAGGCUUCCCACUGAUGAACAGUUACGACUUUUAGAUUUUUUUAGACCUGAGCGAUUCGACUUAAGUCCUAGCGAACGCCUUCGGGCGAAACGACGGCAAUUCUGAACAGGUACAGUGGAACGUCGAUUUAACGAACAUCCAUAUAGCGAAGUCCUCGAUAUAACGAACGAUAUUCCUAGCCCUAACAAUAGUAAAAUAGAUGGAACAGAACCUCGAUAUAACGAAACCUCUUUGUAGCGGAUAUAUUUUAUCAUUCCAUUUAGAAGUCCCACUGUAUUCGGACCGUGGCGGAAGUGAAUAAGUAGGAGCGAAGACUGGGAAUCUAUUGAGACGAAAAUAAAUAUUUAGGAGUGAUGACUAGGGUUAGUUCACUAAACCCUCCCAGCCAACCGCUCCGGUGCAAUGUUCUAUGUAUGUGAACGACAGUUCUAUGCCGCCAUCCUAUAACGGAAGGCUUUUCGUGCCGUCACGAAAGGCUGUCCGUUAUUGUGAGUGAACAUAGCCGCCUAAACGGCUCGUGCUCCACCCAAGGUUGUCAACUUGUUAUGUGAAAUCAUAGUAUGCAUUUCUUUGAACGCAUUAUAACUUUGUGUAAAAACUUUGCAGAGAGAUGCUAGACAGCCAAGCAUUGAAUACACAAGCUCAAAUAUUCCCUGAAGUUUUCGGGAAAAGGGAAAAGUGAGUAUGUUACAAGACAUAACGGACUACAACAUGAUGAACAGCUUUAAGUUGUGUUGACAGUAAUUCGCGCGUCACUUGGUUCAUUAUGAUUGAUCUAUCGGCUUGCGCACGACUUUCUGAACCCAUCGUGACUCGCUCGCACGUUUUGACUCGUGAAAACCCGCUGCCCGCAAUGAAAACGAUAUAUCUUUGUUGUUGCCGAAGUGUUGUCGAAGUGCUCUUAAAAGGUAGAGAUGAACAGCCGCGUGAAAGCUAACGUGAGAUCAAAGAUAGGGAAGGGGCGAGAGAAAAAAGGCAGAAAACCUCGGUUCAGCUUUUGCACGGCUGUAUAUCUUACUUAACGUACUACCAACGAAAAACACCAUAAAACAAACCCGCAAUCUUAGUAUAACAAUAAAACGGAGUAACAAAAAUAUGGAAGCUACUGAUUACGCAAGCUAAACCAUACACGGUAGCUGGAUUUUUUUUUUUUUUUUUGGGGGGGGGGGAAGUUAAAAUAACUAUUUAUUUCAUUGCGUCAAUUCUCUAUUUUCAAAACAAGGUAUUCACGAGUUUCCCAUGGUUUUAACUUUGAUUUUUCUUUCUUUAGGUGUACACCGGAUAUGGAGCUUCAUCUUGACAUACCAACACAUGACUGGCUGCCAAUAUAA